CGCACGGUCGCACGCACGCACGCACGCACACACGCGCGCGUUCGCGCCUACAGUUUGCCAGGAGGACCAACUGACUGUCAGACUCACUUCACUCCCCUCACACUCUCAGGGCAGCAGGACUCAACGACUAUGGCUUUACGGACGAUGACCGCUCUCCUUGUUGGACUUUUCUUCCUCCUUCACACGUGGGGAGUCAAGGCCCAGGUGAAGGUGGCGAUGGAGGAUCGCGUGGAAGUGACCCUGGGCACAGCCGCGGAGAUCCCCUGUCUCUACACCACAGACGACGGCUUCGGCGGCUUGAUCAUAGAGUGGUUUUAUCUGGAUCCAGCCGGCAAGCAACACAGGAUCUACUUCCAGGACCCCACGAUGCGCAUCGAGGAAACCAACAGUCAGUUCACCGGCCGCAUCAAGGUGGACGUCACGCCGUCCCAAGGGUCCGGCCAGGUCCUCCUGCGAGUCUUGGAGACCCGGCUCGGGGACGAGGUGGACUUCAUCUGCCUCGUCAAGAGCCUGACAGACGGCAACGACCAGGGCAAGACGCAGCUGAGGGUGUUCGAGAAGCCAGACCACCCAAUCAUCGAGAGCGUGGACGAAGAAAUCUGGUACAACAACGAGGAACCAGUCAAGAUUGGAAGCUGUGAGGCGAAGAAUGGUUAUCCCAGACCAAACAUCACCUGGUAUAAAGACAACACACCACUGUCCAACGUUCCUAAUGAGGUGUCUGUCGAGUCCAGAGUGGCCACGGGAUCCAGCGGGUUGUUUUCGGUGGAGAGCGAGCUGAGCCUGAAAGUGGUGAAGGAGGACCAAGGCUCUGAGUUCUACUGUGAGGUCAACUACCAGGUCAUAGGGGGAUUCGGCAUGUUGGAGUCCGAAAAAAAAAAGAUCCGGGUCCGCUACCCCUCAGAUGAGGUCAACCUGUGGGUGAAGUCCCCCAAGAGGGACAUCAAAGAGGGUGACACGGUGGAAUUCGAGUGUCUGGGCAAUGGAAAUCCUCAGCCACUCGUCACCUUCCGCAGAGAGAGGGUGGAGUUGAACGCUAUCAACAACGUGUUGGAGCUGAGGAACGUGAGCCGUCUUGACAGUGGGCGGUACGAGUGCGUCACUACACAUAUAGAGACCUUUGAGGAGGUGGUGGGGAACACCACGCUGUUCGUAAACUAUCUAGAGCCUGCGGAUGUGUCUCCUGAAGAAACCCUCACGCUGUCCCAGGGAGCUGAUCUGAACCAGAGCUGCAACGCCCUCUCUUCCCUCAAAACACACACCGUCUGGAUGAAGAACGGAGUGAAGGUGGCCACGGGCAACAUACUGUCACUGAGGGACGUUGUUUACGACAUGGCUGGAACCUACGAGUGCAUGGUGACGGUUCCCCAGCUGGUCGGCAUGGAAACCAGCGCCGUGUUUCAGCUGAUCGUCGAGGGUUCACCGGAGAUCAGUGAGCCGCAGAGCACCAGCCUGGAGCAGGCGGUGGAGAGCACGGUGGUCCUGACCUGCAGGGCCAGGGGGAACCCCAGGCCGACCAUCACCUGGAGGUCCGCAGGGAGUCUGGUCGACUCUCAAUCGAAUGUGACGGAGGAUGGGGUUCUGAGCUGGGUCAACGUCAAGGUCAGCUCGGACUUGAACGUGUCCUGCCACGCCUCUAAUACAAACGGCAACGUAGAGACUCUGUACUCCAUCAAAGCCAUCGUCCCAACCACCGCUUCGCCCACCACCACCCUAGCCACAGUCGUCCCAACCACCGCUUCGCCCACCACCACCCUAGCCACAGUCGUCCCAAUCAACGAUCGGCCCGCCAGCACCGUAGGCACAGUCCAAUCAGACACCACAGACAAAAUCCCGAGAGCAGGGAGCAGCGGUGUGAUCAUCGCGGUUCUCAUCAUCUGCCUGCUGCUGCUGGCCAUCCUGGGCAGCGUGCUCUACUUCCUUUACAAGAAGGGAAAGAUCUGUGGCCGCUCCGGCAAGCAGGACCUCACCAAGGAGAAGACGAGCAGGGACAACAUCGUGGUGGAGAUGAAGAGCGACAACACAGAGGAGGCUGUGCUGCUGGCGGUGAACGGGGACAAGAAGUCUGGCGACCAGUAACACCAUAUGUGGAACAUCUGGAGGUGCAGAAGUGAGGAAGACCACGGUGAGGGGAUUUGCUGCCCCUCCCCAAACUCCCACCUUUUCUCUCCCUCCCCUGCAUCCCAUCUUGCCCUCAGAGAUCCUAUCUUCAUCAAGUUAAUGGAGGAGAAAGAGCUUAUCUCUUUUGGAUACCAGUUAAUAUUCCCCGAACAGGUGCGACAAGAACAGAGACACUAAAGUGUGGGACUCCAAAAAAGCAUCCCGUUGGCUCGGAUACUUUUCUGAAGUGCCACUUUAGCGCUCGGGCGUAAUUCUACCAAAGACAAAACCAACCACUACCAUUACUUUUACCCAGGACAGACCCAUGUCUUCACUCCUUGUUCACACCAGAGCCCAGAGGAAGAUUGACAAUCACAUAGCUUACCAGGAGGUCAGGGUUUAGGGUUAGGGUUCAAUUCUAUAGCAAAACGAAUGCCACCUCAGGCAAAUCACAAACAAUAAGGAACAGGCUGAAAAACUGCUCUUUGUCGAGUGUAUAUAUUAUACGCUUUGUAUGUACAUAUUUCUUUAUUUAAAGAAAAUAACCCAAUAAGAACAGCCAGAGUGUUAUUAUUUUAAUUUUAUGAUCAGUUAUUUGUAGCCCCUUCGUCUUUAUUGUUAUAUUUUUGCGAUGGAUGUGUGCUGUGCUUCGAGUCUGUACACUGAAUAUCAUGGGUCGUAUAAUGUGAUAGCGCUUUCAGACGCAUUUAUCACACCAAAGAAAAAUCACUGCAAUUUGUCUCUGAAAAGUGCCCUCAUGGAUCCUUACAUUUCUGUUCCGUUCCAUUCAUUAUUUUAUUUUCCUUGUCUAUCACAAUCGCAAAUCAAUCGGCACAAUGCCUAACUCUGAUCCGUCUCUUAGUGACACAUUGAGGGGUUCCUGUUUGUUUGUUUCAUGUCAUGGAUGGCUUUAUAUCUAUAGCCUAUUUUUACAUGGUUUAUCGUUCUUUUUUUAUAUUUGUGUAGAUUUGAUAAUACCGAGUUUGAAGAUUGUCUUUAAUUGAAUGUGUUUCUUAUCUUAUAUUAGGCUUACCCAUUUAACAUCAAACACCUUGUUUUAUCAUAUUAGUUAGAGGAACAAAUAUAACAUUCACUGUCCAGUGCACUGAUCUAGAGUUUGUUUUUGUUUUCUGAUUGUGUUAUUUCAGUUUUAAUGUGAAACUUGUUUUGCCUUUAUAGUGAAAUGUUUGAAGUGAAUUUAAAGCAGUAGAUCGUAGUAGUAGUCGUUCUUAAGGGUGAUGUAUGUAUAUGAGAUCAUUGGUAAAUUUUAUAUUAUAGUUAAAUUAAUUUGUGGAUUGACUGAAAGUUUUAAUUUUCUGUGCUUUGAUCUGAUAUUUUCAGAAGUGCAUAAUGAUUAUACCUAGUAUUUUUGUUAUGGUGAGAGCUGAAAUUACGAUGGAAUGAAUUUUGGCAUGUGGACACGUAUUUGUGACUGCUGUCACUGACUAUCACUAGUAACAAGUUAUCUAUAUGUAGGCUAGCAAUGUAGCCAUCAGGAAUAAUCUGAGGAGUCAAACUCAGAUUAUAAAAAGUGCCUCACAUUCCACCAUAAGGAAUAAUAACACAAUUAGAACUUUCUCAAAUAAAUGUCAGUAUUACUUAAGACUUCUUUUGUGUCGGAUUUGUUAAGUAAAAAAAAAAGACUGUAUAAUCAAUUCUGAACAUAAAUACAAAUAAACACUUAAUUUAAAGCAACAAGAGACUUUGCAAAAAAUAAAUAACAUACAGCUACUUGUUGUAAACUCAGUAUGCAAGACUGUCAGAGCCAAAUAAGUACUACUUUACAUAGAAACUACCAGACUGAAUGUCACACAUUUCAGGUUGUUUUAUUGUUCUGUAUCCUGUUGUGUUAUCUACUGUACUGCAGGGUUCCCUAAUUCGUUUUUCCAGAGGGCCAAAUUUGGUCAAACAUGCCAUGCCAAGGGCCGAAAUGUCGUUUCAUUUUUCUAAUUCGCCAUUUUUAUGUGCAAAUUGAGCUUUAAUUAUAAUUACUGUUUUAGCGAUAAUGCAGGAGGACUAGAUCAAUUAGGCUUAAAUAGCAUCCAGGAAUGGUGCAUCGAUGAGAUUGCAAGGAAUGAGGAGGAGGAGGAGACGUAGCUUGCUUCAAACUAUAUUAUGUUCAGCCUUGUUUAUUUAAAUACUCGGUAAUGUCUUUCAGUUUCUAUAAAGUUUCGAUAAAGUUUGUUUAUUUUGCCUGAGUAUCUGAGCACACACACCGUGCAUGACUUCCCUCUGUACCACGACCACAGCUCUGCUUGAUCUACCCAUAUAAAUAAAGGAAACAAAGUAACAGGCA